CUCCUCCCAGUGUGUCAGAGCGCACGGAGAGGGCAGGACAGGCAGGAGAUGGCGGUGGCCGAGGCACAGCUGUACUCAAAGGUGUCCAACAAGCCCCGGGGCAGGGGCACCUCUGCCCUCCUGGAGCCUCUCCUGGCCAAAGGAUUCCCGGCUCAUCUUGCGCAAAAAGCCUUGGUUGCUACUGGACAAAAAACAGUAGAAGAUGCAGUAAAAUGGCUGCAUUCCCACUGCAAUGACCCCUCCCUGGAUGACCCCAUCCCCCAGGAAUAUGCCCUGUACUUGUGCCCCCGGGGCCGCCUGCACAGCCGCCUGCAGGACUUCUGGAGGGAGAGCAAGCGCCAGUGCGGCAAGAACAGAGCCCACGAGGUCUUCCCACACGUCACCCUCUGCGACUUCUUCACGUGUGAAGACCAGAAAGUGGAAUUCUUGUAUGACGUCCUAAAGAAAGUGGGUGACAGCUUUUGCCAGAUCUUUCCACCAUCCAUUUUCCUAACACUACAUGCAUCUCCCAGCUACCUGGGCUUCUUCAUUGAUGACAGCCAGGCAAACAUCCUCAAAGACUUUGCUGUGGCAUUCUCAACAGAGGCUUCAGCCCUGGCAGACUGCCACGUGAAGCCCUCCUUGAAGCAGUUCCACCUUACCCUGGCUCACAGGUUUUACCCUCACCACCAGAAGACUUUGGAACAGCUGGCCAAGUGCAUCAACCCAGGAGAGCCCUGCCAGUGGGUGGCUGCUCUCUAUUCACGGGACAUGCGCUUUGCGUAUUACCAGAGGCUCAGAGCCCUCUUCCAGUACAAGCCCCAGAACAUUGAUGAGCUGAUGAUCAACCCUGGGGAUUUGAUCUACGUGGAUCCGAGGCAGCAGAGCGAGGCGGGCGAGGGCUGGGUGGUCGGCACCUCGCACCGCACCGGCUGCAGGGGCUUCCUGCCCGAGAACUACACCGAGAGAGCCCAUGAGUCAGACACCUGGGUCAAGCACAGGGAAUAUGUUUUUGACACAGCUUCAAGAUCCUUCACCAAAACUGAAAAGGAACCCAAUGUAAAGCCAAAUGGUGAAGCCCAUAAUCUCAGUAUGUCAAGGAGUGUAACCAAUGUUGUUUCACUUCAGAACGCUGCCCUGAGGAGAGGGGUGCUGGUGAUGAGCCACGGGGAAAGAGUGGAUCAGGUCUUUGGCAAAUCUUGGCUUCAGCAGUGCCUGACUGCAGAUGGGAAAUACUACAGAGCAGAUCUGAACUUCCCCUCCUCCCUGCCGAGGCAGAAAGACAGCAUGAAGCAGUUUGAAUGUGAUCCUCCUUUAUCUUGCUGUGGUAUUUUCCAGUCAAGGCUUAUAGGGGAAGCUCUGCUGGAGCAGGAAGUGACCAUCAGCUCCGUGUACUCGUCCCCUGCCCUGCACUGUGUGCAGACAGCUCAGUAUGUACUGCAGGGGCUUAAAUUAAAUCAAAAAGUCAGGAUCAGGGUGGAACCAGGACUGUUUGAAUGGACCAAGUGGGAAGCAAGCAGAGCAAUCCCUAAAUUCAUGACUGUGGCAGAACUGGUGGAGGCGUCUUAUGACAUAGACACAAGUUACAGGGGUAACUUCCCACUCUCCUCUCUGGUGCCAUCAGAAAGUUAUGAAGACUAUGUCAGCAGGAGCUCUGCAGUUAUAAAACACAUCAUCAGUGCCUGGCCCUGCAAAGGUGUCAUCCUCAUCGUGGGCCACGGCUCCUCCUUGGCACCUCUCAGCCGGGCACUCACAGGGCUCCCCAGCAGAGACAGCGGAGACUUUGCCCAGAUGGUGCAGAAGAUCCCUGCCCUGGGCAUGUGUUUCUGUGAAGAACAGAAAGAGGAGAACAAAUGGCAGAUGGUCAACCCACCAGUGAAGACAUUAACUCAUGGAGCAAAUGCAGCAUUUAACUGGAGAAAUACUAUCAUGGAAGAUUAAAAUGCCAUCUCUGCCUUUGCAGUUGUCAAAAAGGAGCCAAAGGCAGGUUAUGGUUCAUCACAGUCCAGUGAUUCAUCCAGAAGACACACAGAGGGUGGGAAAUGCCCUCUCUGAGCUGUCAAAGCACAGAAAAACACUUCUGAGUUUGGUGCCUGGAUUUUGUUUUUGUUUUGGUGACUGAGAAGAAUGAACUUGAGAGGUAGGGCACAAGUGAGAAAUAACACUUUUGAUGGUGGUGACAAAAGCACCUUUUAAGCUUUCCUGAGCAUAAAAAUGUUUAAUAAAUAUAGAUAUAUAUAACUACCUGAUUAUCAACUCCACUCCAAGAGGCACUGAAGUAAACAAUGCUGUAUUUUUAAGACUGAACUACAUCCAGCAAGAAUUCCCUUUUUCCCCCCUUCUUUAUUCACUUGGAUAUUUUCAGACAACAGAAAAACUGGGACUGAAAAAAGUCAACUCCUACCCAAAGAGGAGACCAGCUCUAGCUAAAGCCACUGUGUUUCCUGUUCACUCCAUCAGUUCUGUGAGAGCAAAUACCACACUGACUUAGUUUACCUCUUCUAUGAAGGGAGUCCAUUUUCUAUCACAUCAGCUCCUCAUCCAGAAAUUCUCAAGUGCUGCAUAUUGCAAAAGGGUCUAAAUUAUUUCUUUUUGAAUGGAAAUGAACCAGUUGCUUUACUGUUUUUGGGACAAGGAAAGAUGCCCCAUGUUACUGUACUGGUGACAAAACUGUGACAUGAGCAGCUUUAACUCUGAACCCUUCCCAAGGUGCCACUUGCAGCACAACAGCUUUGCUUUGUGCUGGUUUGUGCUGAAUUUAUUAAUGAUGAUCCACCAUCCCCGUGGGUCAUCUGGAAGCUUUCUGCAGCUCUUUUCUAUGUGAUGUGUUUAAUUAACAAAAUGUAUCCCUGAAAUCCUAUGCACAAACAGGAACAUGCCUUUCCACUGUCCAUUUUUCUCCUGCUUUUCCUUUCUGCUUAUCAGAUAACUGCUGCCAGGAAAGUACAAUGUUUCUUUCAAUGAAAGGAAAAAAUGAAAAUAUUUCUCUCAGAACAUGGCUAAAAAUGUUUUCACUUUCACUCCUCAUUGCCUGCUCCUAUGUGACAUCUCCCUGCAAGCCAUUAGCCAUGGGGGCAUGCAGAGGAGCCCAUCCAACACUGCAGCUUUGGGGCUGAGAAGUGCCUGACAGGCACCUUUAUCUGUGGGUGUAGAGAUUUUGUUAUCUCAGCUGUGCACCUGCAAUGAUUCAUUCUGACUUUCCAGCUCUGGUGGAGUUGCUUGAGCUCUCAGUUUUCUGACAGUGCUGCAAUUUUACAGUGAAAGUCAAAUGUCUCAGACAGGAGCUCUUUAAUGAGCAAGGGCACAGGACUCAAGCUCAGGAGAUGGGUGGCUACAGCUGUAGUUCUAGAAAAAGAUAAAAACACCAAAUGUCACCACAACCUUUUCUUAAUCAGGGGAAGCAGGAUGCCACUGCAGUGCUGAGAGAACUGUGGCUUGGCUACUUCUCCACAUCUCAGCCCAGCACACACUUGCUGUCAGCCAAGAGAGGCAGGUGUGGUGAGGGAUGAGUUUGCUCUGUCUGAAGGUGGUGGCCAGGCUCCUCUGUGGCCAGCAGGGAGGGCAGGGGGGACUCACAGGUCUGGCUGAGAAAGGGCUGUAUGAUGCAAGAAAACCAGCAAAGACUGGUCAUUUUUAAUGUAUUAGUGAUAUUAAAUUUCAUUACAAAUUUUCUUCUACCUUUCUAGAGAUAACAAGGGUUUUUUUCCAUAAUGCUAUUAUACAUCAAUCCUAGAUUUGGCUGCAAACUCCAGUUUGGAUUUAGAAUCUUUUUCUUCCUAUAAAAUACCAUGUGACAUCUCUCCCUUCACCCAAUGGAAUCACAUGUAUUGUCAGGGUGGGUCUGUUGUGAAAAAUAACCUGUAAGAACAGCACCAUCUCAUUUCUUUAACAGCAUCAUCCUUUCUUUAGGAGCUUUUCCACGUUGCUGCCACUGUGUAUAAGGUAACAAUGAAACUUCUUUUUGCUUUUCAGUCCUUCUGGUCUGCAGAAAUAAUGCUGCUGAAAACGAGUUAAUGGCACUCUAAUCCUGUUAUUACCCAUGCAGCUCCUGUCCUUAAUGAGUGUGUGCAGCUCCCUAGAGGCAGGUGACAGGAGGGGAGAAGGAUGUGGCUGGGGGAAGUGUCUGUCUGUCUGUCUCUUACAGGGGAUGGAUUUUACUGCUCCACCCAAUUUUGGCAUCUAAUCAGAUGCCCACAGUGCAUGGACAACACUAUUGACAAGCUAAAUAUACUUCACAGGCAGAUUCCUAAAGCACUCAAACCAGAAUCCCACUGUGCUUUUCUUUUAUUCUCCAUACAGAUGCACUCCAAUGAAUUUUACUUCAGCGAAAGCAAUGAAUUAAACUUCAGAGCAUGUUUAAAAGAGGGUUUCAAACUUAAGUUUUCUUUUGUGGUGAGGACAAAUGCUUAGUCACAAAACACUGUGCUAAAGUUAUAAAGACUUCUCCAUGUCUGUUGUUUGAGUCAAUUGAACAGAAAGAACAUGAACAGAAAGAACAGGCAGCACCCUCAGGAACCCAUUGAAACCAUCUCAGUCUUAAUAAUGGAAGGGCAAGGACAAGCUCUGCUAUUCACAAGGACCCUGCUUUUGGCUUUCCUGGGAGCCGAUGAACAUAGACUCAACCCUAAACAAUUUUUAAAAUCAGAGCUGAAAUGAUGUCCUUAUCAUACAAGGUUUCUUGGUUGUACAAUCUGGUGCUGGGGAGAGAGAGAGAAUUCCUAACAUGGUGUGUACAAUUUAUUUUUGUGAUAAACAAAAUAAAUAGGAACUUAUUUUCCA